GGUUCGAAAGUGUUCUGUACGGAGCGGUGGAAUUGGGCAGAAUAGACCUGUGUAGUGUUACCUGUAAUUUCAGUACAUGUAAUUGAUUAUAUAAUAAGUUAUAAAUUGACAUUUUGCGUUCCUUCGUUUAAAAAAAAUGGCAACGACUUUUACACGGACGUGUAAAAGAGUGAUAGGGGUUCGAGCGUUUCACGCGUCUGCAGUGAGUAAUGCGGAAACCAAAUUGAAGACCUUUUCCAUUUACCGUUGGAAUCCUGCUGCCUCCAAUGAAAAGCCUUACAUGAAAGAUUACAAUGUUGACCUCAAUUCUUGCGGACCUAUGGUAUUAGAUGCCCUAAUUAAAAUAAAAAAUGAAAUGGAUCCAACGUUAACAUUCCGCCGCUCUUGUCGAGAGGGUAUCUGUGGCUCGUGUGCUAUGAACAUCGGUGGAGUUAAUACCCUCGCUUGUACUAGUAAGAUCGAUAAGGAUGUUAACAAACAAACGAAAAUUUAUCCUUUGCCUCAUAUGUACAUAAUAAAAGAUUUGGUACCAGAUAUGAAUCAUUUCUAUGCUCAGUAUCGUAGCAUACAACCUUGGUUGCAAAGAGAGGAUAGCGAUGGUCAUGGAAGUCAGCAGUACCUACAAAGUACAGAAGAUCGUAAAAAAUUGGAUGGUCUCUACGAAUGCAUUUUGUGUGCUUGUUGCAGUACUUCAUGCCCCUCUUACUGGUGGAAUGGUGAUAAAUAUUUAGGGCCUGCAGUACUUAUGCAGGCCUAUCGUUGGAUCAUUGAUUCAAGAGAUUCUCAAACAAAAGUCCGAUUAGAAAAAUUGAGAGAUCCAUAUUCGGUAUUCCGGUGCCACACGAUUAUGAACUGUACACGUACUUGUCCCAAGGGAUUAAAUCCUGGGAAAGCUAUUGCAGAAAUAAAAAAGCUGUUGGGCAAUGUUAUUCAAAAGGAUAAACCUGGUCUGGAAACAACGGCUUUAUAUAAAUAGUUAUGCAUACUAAACAUGGAAGUUGCCUAUUGCAUUGCUGUUACGAACGGUGGUGUGUGCUCUUAUGUAUAGAUAUUUCUUUAGAUUAUUUAAAAACAAAUAUCACUUUGGAAUCGACAGAAAAACAACAUGUGUGAUAUCGCGAGGUUCGACCAAAUUUAGCUUUCCUUUGAUUGUAAUUAAUAGAUUUGUACAAUUAAUUAUUGUGCUGUGUAAUUUAUCUUAUGUAAGAUGAUAAUGUUUAUGAAA